CAGGAGAAAAAAAAUGAAAUCUGGGAAAACGUAAAACAAGGGAUAUAUAAAAUCAAGGUCUGACUGUAAUUUAGAAGGGGAGGCAGGAAAGGCCACCACUGGUUUUAUCAGGAAGGCAGAAGCUGUGACAUAGUGGCUUCUUUUCUAUUCCCAGUGCGGCCCUGCUCCGAGUCCAUGGUGAAAAGUGCUGGAAAAACAUUGAGAGGCCACUUGUUAUUUGUAGAAGCAUCCUUCCGAGAUACGCACUGUGCUUCUUAUUUACAUGUAUCCGUGACCCGGUUCCUGGUUUGAGUUGACAGCUGCGCUGUGAGAGAAUGGGCUCGUCUGUGCCGCUGGGCCUCACUCUACUGCUGCUGCUGCACUGGGCACAGGUACAUGCAAACCAAGGAAUUCUACAUGCAAUUGGAAAUCAGGAUCCUUCCUCUGCGAAGGAUUAUUGUAUAACGUACAAUUCUACAUGGACACCACUUCCAGCAUCUUAUUCCAAUGCAACAUACUAUGAAUUGGAGGACCUGAGCUUUCUUUCGUUGUGCAGUGCUACAGAAGUUCCUCAGUCACGUCUAAAGGAUAAGGCAGUUGUAGUUUUGAUUGGAAACUGCUCGAUACUAGCCAAAGCUGCCAUUGCACAGAACAGUGGCGCUAAAUUACUCCUUGUUGCCAGUAAGGAAGGACUGCCUUUUCUAGCAGAUAACAAAAGUGAUUAUAAGAGCCUGACCAUCCCGAUUGCCUACAUUAGGUAUAGAGAUGUCAAAGAUAUGAAACCGAGCCUUGGGAGCAGUGUAAGAGUGACUCUGUAUUCUCCUGCAUUACCAAAGUUUGAUUUCAGCAUGUUGCUCAUCUUUCUUAUAUCUGUAUUCACUGUAGCACUAGGAGGUUACUGGAGUGGACUCUCAGAGCUAGAAGACCUGAGGCCAUCACCCCCCGGCACUGAAACAGAAGGAAGAAAAAAAAAGGAUGAUAAUGUGACUUUUACACCCCUUACUGUCAUUUUUUUUGUGGUGAUAUGCUGUGUCAUGUUACUGCUGCUAUACUUCUUCUAUAAAUGGUUAGUGUAUGUUAUUAUCGCUGUCUUUUGCUUGGCAUCUGCGACAAGCCUGUUCAACUGCCUUUCAGCAAUAAUUCAGAACAUCCCAUAUGGAAAAUGCAGAAUUUCAUGUUGCAAUAAAAGCGCAGAAGUGAGGCUUUUCUUUCUGGCUGCAUUCUGCAUAGCUGUGUCUGUGACUUGGGUGGUAUUCAGGAAUGAAGAUAGAUGGAUAUGGAUAUUGCAGGAUAUCUUGGGAAUUGCUUUUUGCCUCAACUUCAUUAAGACUUUAAGAAUGCCAAAUUUUAAGGCAUGUGUUAUAUUGCUUGGCCUCCUGCUAUUGUAUGAUGUGUUUUUUGUUUUUAUAACACCCUUCAUCACAAAGAAUGGAGAGAGCAUUAUGGUUGAAGUUGCAUCAGGCCCCUCUGGAGAUGCUGAAAAGAAUGGAGACACCUAUCUGGAAGUUCCUGAUGAACCAUAUUCCACAAAUGAAAAAUUACCUGUGGUCAUUAGGGUCCCUAGGCUGGAGUUCUCUGCAAAUACAUUAUGUCAAAUGUCUUUUUCAUUGCUAGGAUUUGGGGAUAUUAUUGUUCCAGGUCUGUUGGUAGCAUAUUGCCGGAGGUUUGAUGUACGAUCAACUUCUUCCAUGAUCUAUUACAUUUGUUGCACUAUCGCUUAUGCUGUAGGGAUGGUUUUGACGUUCAUUGUUCUGACAUUGAUGAAGAUGGGACAGCCAGCUCUUUUGUAUUUGGUACCUUGCACACUACUCACAAGUUCUGUCAUUGCCUGGAGGAGGAAGGAAAUGAAGAAGUUUUGGAAUGGGGGUGGCUAUGAGAUAAUGGAGCAUAUGGACAAUGCUGUUAAUGAAGAGGGACUAACAAGCAGUGAACAAGAAGAACAGUGAUGGCAAUUUUAUUUUUGUACAAAUUUUAAGAUUUAGAUUGUUUUCUUGUGGGAUUUCUACCUUGAGUCCGACGUUUCAUAGUUUUCUUCUGGAUUACAAAGCCCAUUCUUCAAACCAGCUGCUGUCAGGCGGGCCACAGGGUUGACCUUAUUUGCUUCGGCUAUAAUGAAAGUUAACAAAGGCAUUACUGCCCUGCCAUAUGUUGGUGGGAUACUGUAAUCUGUUGUGUCGUUUCAAUAUAUUUUACAAGUUUUGCAACAAUUUAACAAUUUAAAAAAUAUUUUGUGACAUAAUUUCCCAUUCUAACGUGUUUAAAUGGGAAGCAGAUUUCCAUACAGCUGUGCCUUAUUUGAAAUAGAACAGAGCUAUAUGAACUAUGCAUUACUGAAACUGCAGGGUAGUGUAUGGAAUUGUACAGACUUGUACAUUAUAUGAUCUUUUAUUUAUAGUUCUUCUUUUUCAGGUUGGAACAUAAAAACUCUGUAGACCAGUUGUACUGUGCCCUGAAACUAAGACUUAAUAAUAGUAAUAAUAUUAGUAAUAAUAAUAGUUGUAAUAUAUGUACCAAUGCUACAUAGACAUUUUAAGACAAAUUGCACAGUUCCCGACAGCACACACAGGGCUAAAUCAUUUGCACAAUAUUAUACUUGCCUUGUGAUGAAUUAGCACUUGCAUCUAAUCUGAUCCAUCAUAGAGCUAUCUCUUGGGACAAACAGUUGGUGUCUGUCAUAGAGGGAUCGGUAAAGAAUGACAGCUAACAAUACAGAUGCCUUCCAGUGGGCAUUUAUUUUUGGCACACACUGUAAAACUGUACAAAAGCAUUACAGCUGAAGAACAGUAUAAGACUUGAUAUAUAACAGAAGAAUAAGAAAAUGCUAGAAUAGUUAUAAAAUGAGAACUUGUGCAAUGCUAGGAAUGCUAGUUUUGAUCAAAAGAACCUGAUGCUCGCCUGGUGAUCCACUGUCCUCCUUUAUUCUUAUGGAUAUAAAUCAACAAACCAGAAAUACAAGAUAAAUAUACUGUAUAGGGAAAGAUAUCUGGUUACCAGCAAGCCAGCAGCUAUUGUAUGCUAUUGUUUGUGACAAGUGCACUGAAGGGCUGGAGCUAACCUCUAAGGGCAGUGGCAGACAGGAAGAUUAGUCCCUCCACAACAAAUCUUUGUUGCUGCGGGUGACUAAUCUCCCCGCAAUGCCAUCCCACCAGCAAGAAUGUAUAUCGCCAGUGGGAUUGCAUACACGAUGCUAUGAUUUGCCGAAGUCGCCCGAAGUUUCCUCUCAAGGCAACUUUGGGUGACUUUGGCAAAUCGUAGCAAUGCGUAUGCCAUCCCACUGGCGAUUUACAUUCUUGCCAGUGGGGUGGCAUUGCGAGGAGAUUAGUCGCCUGUGGCAGCGAAGAUUUUUUCCGGGGCGACUGAUUUCCCCCUCUGCCACUGCCCUAAGAAAAGAGAUCUAGCCUUUGAAGCCCCAGGGUUCAACACAACUUGUCCCAGUGGAAGACAGUGUCCGCUAGAUCAAUGGUCUACUCCCUGGCACCAUGGAAAGAUGUAGCUUCUUAUGCCUAAUGGUAAAACCAUAAAUCUUAAGAACCAACCAUGUCUUCUGUUUUAACAAGGAUAUGGAUGCAAAGCAGGAAACAAGAUAUCCUAGGCCUCAAGGGUUUAGAGCAUUGUCUAAUAGCAGAAUAGAUUUCUUAAUUUUUCUACAGUUUUCUUCAUCAGUACUGUUAGCUUGCAUUUAUAGGUUAAAAAGAAAUUUGCAUCCACAAUUUGGCAGGUUUUUUAGAAAUUGGGGUAUACUAAUGUAUAAAACAAACAUUUAGGAUUAUGCUUAAAAGUUAUUUAGAGUAUAUAUUAUCUCACCGAAAGUAUAGAUGGGCCUGGGUGCUCAUGCCCCAGACCUUCAGCUUGAGGGGACCAUUUUCAAUUUUUGGAUAUACUUAUGUAUACAAUACUAUCUAUCCCUCUUCUGUGCACAUUGGAAAGAGCUGUUCUAAGAACAAAGGGUAUAGCAGUUUGAUGUUUCACCCUUCUCAGGUAUUGGGCACCUAACAUACUAAAAAAGUUAUUUUUUUUUAUAAAGCUUCAAGAAUUAGAUAUUUGAGAUUUAGAGAUAUUCAAGAUAUCAAACUGUUGCAUGGGACCUUCCCUUAACUAGCAAAACCACCUAAUGAAAUGGCACUAGGCAAAAUUUUCAGUAUUUUUGUUACUGCAGUAAUUUGCUUUUCUGAAAUGCACUCUCAGCAAUUUCUAUGGCAAUCCCUUGAAAGUAUAGCUACAGUCAUUUGUCAGGUGAUUGUUGGCAGGAAAUGUGCCAGUCCACAUUUCCAAAGAAAUAGAGACUGUUAUGCAGUUGUACCUGCAUUUGCAGGCAGUUGCUGUUCAUUGGGGAGCGAGUUCAAGCAUUAUGUCCCCACAGAUGACUAAAAACUCUAUUAUCCCUGUACUCCUGCCCUUAAGGGGAUUUUACUUCAAACUUUUAUGGCUAAAGAACUAUUUGCCCUAAUGGCAUCUCCUCAGAGCUAAAUGAAAAAAAGACUUGUUAUUGAGGCUAUAGUGUAGUGAACAAUUUGAUGCUAUAGGCAGUAUUUAAAAUAAAUAAAUGUAACAUUACUCAGAGUGCUAAUUUACCCACUGUAUGCAAUUUGUUUUGUGUAAUUUGUAGAUCCCAUGAUGAAGAAAAAUGUCUACUGCAAAUAUAAUGAAGUUUGUAACAACAGCGCUACCCGCUGGUCAGUUUUGUGACUGAUCAGCUGGUUAAACAUAUCAGAAGAAAGUUAAAGAACUGUUCUGAUGUUGCUCUCUUUAGAAAAGAUAUGAGAAAUCUCGGAUAACAUUUCUCAUGUCUUCAGCAAAGAUAAACAAACUUUAAAUUUAUUUUGUUCUUUAUAUGCUGUUUUUAACUGGGUCUUAAGCCCCUUAGAAUUUCAGCUCAUUGUUCAUCCAAGUGAAGUUGCCAAAUAGUCUCCUUUAUAUCUUUAAUUAGUUGUAAAAUAUGCAAAUAAGUAAAUUUUCCCAAUUCAAGCUCUGUCACAUGGCUUUCUUAUGUAUCUGUAAGGCAUAUAGUUCAGUAACCAUUCUGCUGCAGAACCUCAGCAUUUCUGACACAUCCUUUCCAUAGACAGAUUCUGGUUUGUAUCCCCAUUUCAUCUGAUAACUUGCCAUUUAUUCAUUUAGUGUAGAUCAGUUCUCUCUGUGAUGAGCCCUUUUUAUAACUACGGGAAAUGUUUAUAUCUUUGCUACAGAUACUGUAUUUCUAAAAUCAUUUUAUAAUCUGAUAAUCUGUGAUUCACGGUUUGCAAGAAUGGAAAUGAACAUCUAAUUUUAGAGUACUAACUAGCCAAAAUGCCAAUAUUCCUUCAUUUGUAAUAACUUUUGGACUAAAAUAUAGAUUUAAUAAAGAUAUACAUUAAAUACA